GCUGCGUACAGUGAAGAAGGAAGAGCGAGAGUGAGGUGUUGGUGUUGUUGCCGUGAGUAGAGAGUGAGGUGUGGUGGUGGUGUUGGUGUUGCCGUGAGUAGAGAGUGGAGAGAUGUCCGCAGGGAGCAGGGGGCGACACUCAGAGGGAGGAGCGGAGGGGACAUCGGGAAGACAAAGGCGGUAGAGGAGGCGGGAAGACAAAGGCGGUCGAGGUGGCACGGCGAGAUCCAAGGCACCCCGCCGCCCUCCCUGCCCGGGGUCGAGACGCCUCUACCCGGGCAGAGAAUCAUGCAACAGGGGGGGGCCCGCGGAGGCCCAGGCCCCGCCUCGGGCCCCCAUGCUUGCCUGGCCGCCCCGCCCGACUACGCGCAGCCCAUGGCCGCAAGCCCCAUAGAGCUGGACACGAAGAAGAGCCCCCUGGCACUGCUGGCUCAGACCUGCUCGCUCAUCGGCCGCUCCGAGGGCGCCCACAGGACAUCGCGUCAAAGGCCACCGGCGACGGCAGCGGCGGCGACGCCGCCACUCUCCAGCGGUUGCAGCAGCAGCGGCAGCAGCAGCAGCAGCGACGGUCAGCUCACAACCACAACAACCUCCACCGCCACGACCGCCGCCAGCGCCGCCACGACCCACGGUAUCGACGCCGGUGCCAGCGGCUUUUGCGGUGGAACGCUGGGCCUGGGUUUGCCCGCAUCUCAGCAUCAGCAGCAUCAUCAGCAGCAGCACCAGCAGCAGCACCACCAUCAUCAUCAGCAGCAGGAGGAGGAGGAGGGUCAGCAGCAUCAGCAUCAGCAGCAGCAUCAGCAGCAGCACCAGCAUCAGGAGAGAGCGGGAGUGGCGGGAGUGGCGGGAGGGGCGGGAGGGGCGGGAGGGGCGGGAGGGGCGGGAGUGGCGGCGUCCGUGUCCGUCUCGGCGUCCGUGUGCGUCUCUGCGCAGGCGGAGGUCAGCGCCGGCCGCAACAAGAUCAGCGUCAGCUGCGCGGGCAUCAACGUGGAAGUGAGCCAGGUGAAUCGCCAUUCGCCGCCGCCGCCGCCGCCGGCGGCCCACCAGCACGGCCACGUGGUGCCCGUCUCUCCCUACAAACCCGGCGACGCGCAGCCGUCAACGCUGUCCCACCACUCCCGCCCCACGUCAUACUCCUCGCCGCACCCCUUCGCUCCCCCCGCCGCCGCCGCCGCCUGCGCUUCCCCUUCCAAGCACCACCAGCAGCAGCAGCAGCAGCUGCUACAGCUGCAGUACCAGCAGCAGCUGCAGCAGUACCAGCAGCAGCUGCAGUACCAGCAGCUGCUGCAGCAGCAGCAGCAGCAGUCUGCGUCGUGCGGCCACGAGCCCUACUACUUCUACAACGGCGGCGUCAGCGGAGGCAGCGUUGGCAACUACAACUACUUCUACGGAGGCGGCGCCGGCGGCAGCGCCGGCGGCUGCUGCUGCCUGGGGUUCCACGCUCCCGGCGGUUGCGUCCACGACGCCGCCACCCGCGCCGCCCUGAUGGCCGCCGCCUCCCCGUCGUCGUCGUCGUCGUCCGCCGCCGCCGCCGCCGCCUCGCUGCCGCUGGCGCUGGCGCUGGCGCCCGAGUCGGCCCACGCCGCCUACUCCGGGGGGGCGCCGGCGCCCUCCUCCUCCUCCUCCUCUUCCCCCUACUACGCGGGCUGCUACCCGGCGUUGUCCCUCGCCGCCACGGCCGCCACGGCCUACCCCUACGGCCUCCUCCUACAAAACGCCGCGGCCUCCGCCGCCGCCUCCGCGUCCUCCGGCGACCGCGGCGACGCCGCCGCCGCCGCCGCCGCCUACUCCUCCGCGUGCCGCUGGCUGGCGUCGGGCGAGCGGCGACCGCCGGCCGCCGACGACCACCUCCUCCUCCUCCUGGCGGGCCCACAGCAGCCGCAGCCGCAGCCGCGAGGGCGAGCGGCCGCCGCUGCUGCGGCGGCGGCGGCGGCGGCUGCUUCGUCGCCUCCGCCGCCGGACGCCUACGCUGACAAGGCCUGCCACGUCUGGCCGGCCGCAGCGGCGGCGGCGGCGGCAGCAGCAGGGCGUCCGUCCGCGGGCCUCCACGACAAAGCGUCCCUCUGCUCGUCGCCCCCGGAGAAGUUCCAGCAGUCCCCUUACGCCAGCGCCGCCCACUACCACGCGAUGCUGCAGCAGCAGCAGCAGCAGGUGCAGCAGCAGCAGCAGCAGCAGCUGUUGCUGGCGGGGCUCGCGAGCGGCCGGGGGGGUUCGCCGCUGCGGUCCGCGUCGGCGGCAGCGGCCGUGGGAGGAGGGGCCUACGUGGGAGGAGGGGCCUACGUGGGAGGAGGGGCCUACGUGGGAGGAGCCUAUGUGGGAGGAGGGGCCUACGGGGGAGGAGGAGCCUACGGGGGAGGAGCUGCCUACGUCGGAGGAGGCGCCUACGGGGGAGGAGGGGCCUACGUGGGAGGAGGGGCCUACGGGGGAGGAGGGGCCUACGGGGGAGGAGGGGCCUACAGCCCGGUGGGGCUGGUGCCGGGGAUGGGCCGCUACCACCCGUACGUGAAGGCGCACGCCCUGGGGGCGACUUCGGCGGCUACGGCGGCAUCGGCGGCGACGCCCCCCGCCGUCUACGCCCUGGCCCCUCCCGCCGCGCCCCCCCCACCGCCGCCGCAGCCGCCGGGGGGAGGAGCCGGGGGCGGCGGAGGGGCGGCGACCGCAGGCUACUACAGCCCCUACGCACUGUACGGGGCGCGGCUGUCUCCCGGCAGCUACCCCUGA